AAAACUACACACAAGAUCUACACUACACGGAAACACUAAAAAAACUGCAUAAAAAAUAAUAAAGAUAACAUUAUAAACUAUCUACAGAUGGCAUAUGCACAUGUCUAUAGAGAAUGAACCGCUUGCACGUGGAUAGCGCGGCUCCGAAGUAUCAGAGCGGCAAGUGGUCAUGGGAUGAGAAAGCGGAUGGACUGCAUUUUCAGCAAUUCUUCGACUUGGAGAAUGCAAACGACCGCUAUGUGUUUACGAACGGAUAUAGGUUCCUGCGGACGAUCAACCAGGAGGAGGAGCUGGUCUUCCGGGAGCUGUUCGCCCGACCCGACACCACAUUCGAUGCGGAUACCGUGGUGAUUAACGACGUACGCGAUCUGGUAUUGUUCAUGAUGCCGAAAGAGUUCAUCUCUAGGAAGUUUUUAGAGUUCAUGCAUAAGCCAGCUGUCCAUAGGCUGCUCCAUGCUCUCAUCAUAUACUUUGAGUAUUUUCUGCGCCUGGUAGAGUUCCUGCUGAUUCGCCGCGACGAGCUGUCUGGGAAUAUGGCGCAGGUGCAAAGCGAGCAGACCAACGAGAUGAAGCGAAUAUUCUCAACGAACCUGAGGCUGUAUCGCAUGCUGGUCGCUCGGAACUACAGCGCGAUCGUGCUAGGCGACGGCGAAUUGAAGAAGUUCUACCAUACCAAGGAGGUCGUCAACAUAUCGUCAACGAUCAAGGAUCUAUACUUUUACGAAUACUUUCUAGCGGUCAGCACUCAGAUCGUCUGGAUCACGAUGCAUAGGCGAGCCUACUACGUGAUCGAGAUGGAAAUGAAUCGACUUUUUCGAUCCGAACACUUUCUAAGUAACUGCCCGAAGUACCUCAAAUUCACACCGGUCGAGCGAUCCCUGCUCUAUGGCUGCAACAGCAAGAUCUUUAAUUAUCGCGCCCAGAUUUCGCCGCUGAUUCAGGAGCUGAGGAACGUAGCCGAGGAGGAUAUGCCGGUGCUAUGGAUAGGCGAGCGUAAGUAUCGCGGCACCGAUGCCCGAAUUGCCCAGGUGGAGAUGGAAUAUAUUGUGCCGGGGCCCCAGCUGCAUAUGAUAGACGUGGCCCACGGCAUACUGGGGCAUCCGAAGAAGCUAUACGAUACGAUCCUGAUGCUGGACUGGCCGUCGGUGCGCUUCGCCAACUAUUCGAUGCAGCACGAUCCCUACUACAUCAUACGACAGCCCAGCCUGACCCUGCCCAACUUCGACGAGCUGAAGCAGCGUAAAAUGGCGCAGAGCUAUGAGAAGUACUACCGCCUGUUUCGCAUCUACGAGGCAUGCAGCCACGAAACUCUAAUGAACUGGUUGCAUCGCGAGCAGAUCAUGACCUACUAUAAGAAGGGCGGUGAUCUCUUCAACAUAUUUGCGCGCUGCGAGCAUCAGCUAGUCGGCGAGGACAAGCGACCGGCUGUGGCCAAGAUAGUCGCCAACUACUUCAGUGUCAUAUCCAGGCUGCGCAAGAAGAAGACCGAACUGUUGGCCACAGGCGCGACAACUGUCAGCUAUAAGAAGGAGGGCCAAGACUACUUCUUUGACUAGAGGCGUCAUUUUAGACUUAUACUUUUAUAUUCGCACACAAUAAAACUUGUAACAC